UAUAGUAAACAUUAAUCACCCUCUGGCCCUAGUUAUGUGAAAUCGGCAACAUUUCGCCGGCAGUCUUUCCCAAUUACAAAAAUUUACUCGACGAUAAACUAGAAGUAUUUUUUUUUUUUUAAAAAAAGGCGGCUAGGCUAAACAGCCGUUCACUUAGAAUCCAAAAACUGGGGAAAGGCAUCUGCUCUUGUCGAGCAACGUAUUGCAGAGUGUUUCCAUCAGCGUACCAGGCUAGUUUUCUUCAGUCCUGCAAAUUUUACAACAUUUUGUCUAUUAUUUUUAUUAAUUUUAUAGGAGUACUAUUUGCCCACCACCAUUGUCCAUUGUGCAUUGUUUAUUUGCAAAUGCAUAGUUUAUAAUAUUGAUAUUGUUUCUUGUUCUUAUUUUAUUGUGUUUGCUUUCAAUUGAUGGGGAAAUAUAAAAAGUUAUCUAGACUGGGGGAAAGAAUCUAUGUUAUUUAAUUAAGUUAAGACAGUGAUUUAAACAACUAUGGGUUAUGGGGUAAAUCCAUGGAAGGACAAACAUUUAUUACAAUCCGUGAUGGUUUGAUGGGAGUUUUAGAGGAAAGUUGUAAUCUUUAAUGUUUUUCCAUUUCUAUUUCAUGAUUUACCCGAGUCAUGAGUUGCCCAAAUCACUAACCAUUUUGGAAAAUCAAGAUUGGUGGAUACUUGGUUACUCCGGAGUUUUUUGGUUUGGCCAAAAACGUUUUCCUUGAACAACAGUUCCAUGAAAACUAUCUUUCAAUAAAAAAUGCAAAUGAAAAUUAUUCUUCUUUUGUUUGAUUAGAUGAUCAUCAACUCUCAGGGCAAAAAGAGGUCUUGGGAAUUGAAUGGCGGAGGAAAAUUGGUUGUCAUUUAUUUUAAGUGGAAAAUGUUUGCAGAGUGCCAGAGUGAUGGAAACACUUGUUCACCCAAAGUUUUGAUUUUGAUUCCCUUGCCAAACCAAACAAAAGAAAACAAAAAGAAACUUUUUUUUUUGGAAAAUAUUUCUCCAAAAAUAAAGACACCUUAUUGAGAAAAUGUUACAUGUGACCUUGCUUCGGUAAUCUUGUGAAAUUUUGACUAGCAUAUAAGCUUUUCUUCUACCAUAUGGUUUUGAGCAGGAUUCUCAUUAUGUUUGUGUGUAGUCAACUUAUGCAAGCUUAUAUGCAUGAGCCCGCCGAUGGUCGUAGGCUUGUCUACAUGUACAUGACACAUAAACAAUAAAUUUUGUUGAUGAUUUUGAGUUUUUAUUGAUUUGCAAAUCAAUGAAUGUUAUCAACCUUGUGUCCCUCGACGUUCAAUUUGGUCACAUUGUACUUAGAUGGUUUUGAGUUUUAGAAUAUUAGUUUUAUACCGCAUUAUUAUUUGAAUAUCUUUGUCGUAGCGGAUUAAGAGAACGAGGGAGUUAGAACUUAGAUGUAUGUGGCCUUUCUAUUAGACUCUUCACGAGGAGACAAAAGUAAAGUACAAGUUCGGUGAGGCAUUUGGCUUAAGUCCAUCCAUCCAUUGUAAACCAUAUGAUAUUUGGAUUUUUUUUUAUUUUUUUUUGGAAAAUGAAUAUGGGUUAUUUGGCAUUUUCACAUUGUGGGAGAAUGACGGCAAGCGAAAAAUUUAGUAGUACCAGCUGGAUCAGUUGGAACAUUUGUGCAGUUGUGUGUACAGGUAGAGGGCUUUUUCUUUUGCUUUGAUCUUGUAAACAAGUGCUGUCUUUACCACCAUUCAACCAGUUGAUCUAACGGGUCCUAUUUAGAUUUUUUUAGAAUGUGCUAUUCCCCUUCUUGUCGACAUUUUAAGUUUAUUGGCUGGUUGAUUGUGUUGUGUGAAUGUAGCUCACUAGCUGAUGAGGAAUGGUAGAUCAUGCACCUGAUAUGCUUUUACAUUUAUAGUUAUAUAAGAGCAAAAUGUGUACACUUUGACCAAAUACAGGAGCUCUGAAGAAUUAAUUUUGGGGGCUUUCAAGAGUUAGACUUCUCUAAUGGUUUUUGUAAAACCCUCUGUAAAUCAUCUUUUUACUGACGGUAGUUCUAUGUUCGAAUUUGGCCAGUUCUCAAAAGUCGAAUCCCCUGCAGUCUAAAAUAUAGCAUGUAAUAUCAAAUGAUUAAAUGUUAAGCCAUACAUCUUAUCUUGUGUAGCGUUUGCAUAUCAUGAUGCUUCAUGCUAGGUCUAUUUUGUUCAAUUAAAAAAUUGGCAAAUAGGUCCUGAGUAUUUUAACUAUCUUGAGUCCUUGACAUAUUACCUGUAUACUUUAUUUGUUCUGUUAAAUAGUGGAGAAAUAUUGUUUUUAAAUCGGAGACAUGGCUGCAUAUUUGAGCAAGUCAAUGAGGAUGGUGCAUGACCAAUACUACUUUGUUUUGUACCUUCUGCAUUAUAUUAUGUGAAUUAUUAUCAAACCUUUAUCUGACAUCAUAUGUUUGCUUGACUCAUGGCAGCUAAUGAGAAUGCUUAGAAGGAAGAAUCAGGAUAAUUUAUGAAAAUCUUGGACAUUAGAAAAUAAUAGACUAAAAAAUGUCAUCUAAAGAAGGAAACUAGUUUAAGUAUUCUGUGAUGAGCUUGUCACAGCUACAGGACAAAAUUAGGAAAAGUUCUAUUAAAUUUAUUUGAGGUGGAAAAUGAAGUCGAAUAUCUAGUGGCAUCUACUUUCAUUAACCCUUGCUUGGUAGGAAAAGUUCUUAUUUAGAACCUAAGAGGAAUGAGACUAGGUUCAAUUUUUUGUGAUAUGGAAAAUUGGGUGUCUGCUUCAUUCAUAGUCUAUAUGGUGACUUACAGAUGAAAACUUGAAAGAGCAUUUCAAGAAAUCAUGCAAGAGCAGGAAAUUAGGCUGCGUGGUUUUUUAUUGCUUACUGCUAUUCUAAUAAUAGUCGUUAUUGCUGCUUUUUUCUUGAAAGCAUCCUGGAUUUUCUUCACCAUUCUGGGGAUAGCUGUGAUUGUGAUCUUUGGAAUUGUAUAUCGUAUUUUCACACUUCAAGAGAAGGUGUCAAGGGACAAGGGAUUUUGUACUUUCGAGAAAGAGUCAAGGCAUCCAACAAAGUUCCCUUAUGAAGAACUUGUGCUGGCCACGAAUAAUUUCAGCUCGAUUUUGGGCAAAGGAGGAUCAGCAUGUGUCUUUAGAGGAAUGCUGAAGAAUGGGACUUGUAUUGCUGUGAAGCGGAUAGAAGACAAGGAACGGGGGGAGAAAGAAUUCCGAGCUGAAGUUGCUGCUAUUGGUUGUGUCCAGCACAUGAACCUUGUACGCUUAUAUGGUUACUGUAUCAUCCCUAAAGGACCCCGUUGUCUUGUUUACGAGUUUGUCCAAAAUGGUUCACUGGAUCGUUGGAUAUUUCCUCAGGAACACAACAAAAGCCAGAAGCCAGAGGGUUGCUUGUCUUGGAAACAAAGGUGCCGGGUUUCAAUCGAUGUCGCCAGAGCCCUCAAUUACCUCCAUAGUGAUUGUCAGUCUAGGAUUUUGCACCUUGAUGUUAAGCCAGAAAAUAUACUUCUUGAUGACAAUUAUCGAGCACUUGUUUCAGACUUUGGGCUGGCAAAAUUGAUGGGUAAAGAAGAAAGUAUGGUGGUUACAAGAAUACGAGGGACUAGGGGGUACUUGGCCCCUGAAUGGAUCCUAGAGAAAGGAGUUUCUACAAAAUCUGAUGUUUACAGCUAUGGAAUGUUGCUCCUUGAAUUGAUUGGAGGCCGGAGGAAUGUUGUUAUGUCAUCUGAUGGAGAUCGAAAAGGAAAAUCCUUGAUGUCUGAUAUGAAAUCAUGGGAAUAUUUUCCCAAAAUUGUGUUUGAGAAAUUGAAAGCAGGGAAGAUCAUGGAGGUGGUUGAUAAACGACUGUUGGAAGAAAAAACAAUUAUUGAUGAAAAUGAGGUUAGAAGACUGGUCUGCGUAUCGUUGUGGUGCAUUCAAGAGAAGGUUAAGAUGAGGCCUAAUAUGGGUCAGGUGGUUAACAUGCUUGAAGGCCGUUUGCCUGUAGAUGAGCCCCCUGAAACGAAAAUGUUCCUCCAUGAUCUUUUGCUAAUGAAGAUGGAGAAGGCCCAAGGCUGGCAUAAGAUAAAUGCUACUGCUUUGCAGAUUUCUUAAUCUUCUUAUGCUACAGCUCUGACUACAGCUACAUCAUCAUCAACAUACAAUUGAGGGUUGAUACUAACAAUUUUGUCGCUUAGCUUAGUAAGUGUGUUUGGCUUGCCUGCCUUGGUGAAUAUUUUAACAAUAUUUCAACAAAUUAUUUAGCCAAACCCAUGUUGUUGGGAUUAAGGUUUUGACGUUUUAACAAUAUUUAUCAUGUGAAGAGAGAUGAUUCAGUCCUGAAAAUACUUGAAAUAACAUGUAUAUUAAUUUAAAGAAAUAAACUGUCCUUUGAUUACCAAAAUUGUCUUUCUAGUUUAGAAUAUAUGAAAAAGAAACCGUAACAAGCUUCAAUUGUAAUGCCAAAACUAUAUAGAAUUCCAAGAAUUUGCUGAAAAUUUUCUAAUUGUUAUUAGUUUAGAGAAAGACAUGAGAUUGUUAUAAUUAUUUGAGAAUACAAAAUAUCGCGUUUUGGUUUUGCUUAGCCUGCGCGAGGAGCCUUAGUAAUCAUAGAUCACAUUAAGGGUGAUUGGUGAGCAACAUCAGCUGAUUUUUUUUUCCCUUUUUUUUUUAUGUAUCUUGACAUUGGUAUUUAGAUGGUGAUGGCUACUUUU